AUGGCAGAUUCUCCUAAUGUUUACAAUAAUUUUGAGAAUGAGAGGGAUCAAUUUUCAUUUUAAAUUGAUCCUGAUCCUUUGAAUAUCAGAAAAACUGCUGAGGAAAAAAUUUAAUAGGCAAAACAAUUAAUGAUAGAGUCUAGAGCAAAAAUAGAAAAAAUUAGAGAUUAAUUGUUAAAUAAAAGAUGUUUUAUUAAAAUCAAAGAAGUAGAAGAUAAACAAAAAUUUGAGAAGAAUCUUUAAAAAUAAGUGAUUAACAUUUUAGUCACGACUCUAUAUAAAUGUACUAACAAUAAGUACAUCAAAGAAAGGAUCGAGAAUGUAGCUGAUCAAAUAAUUGAAGAAUGGAUAACUUUAAUAGAUACUAACAUAAAAUUUAAGAAAGAAAACCCUAAUUUAAAUAAUCUUGAUUAACUUAAUCAAUAAUAUAAACUAAAGAGUAAUAAAAAUAUAUUCCGUAUUAAAUAAUUUAAUUAAACUUUGAUUAAAGAAAAGUGUUAAAUAUAGAUUUAAAAGUCCACUUAAUAUAUUGAUUUAGAAUAAUAGAUUAAUGGUAUUAAAUAUUUCUUUCAUGAAUUAAAGAAGAAAAAAGAAAAGGAAAAUAAAUAGAAUUAAUUUGCUUUUAUAGAUUUAUAAAUUAGUGCUUUAGAAGAAUUAAUGGAAGAAGUUUUUAGAAAAAAAUAACUUUUAUCAAAGAAAUAUAUGGCAAUUAAUCCAAAUUUUAACAAAAAAGAUUUUAUUAAUUUUUGGAAUGAUGAUCAAUUUAAGUAAGAGUUUUAGAAUCUUUAAUAAUUAUUUGAGAACAAAAAUAUAGAGAUAUUAAAGUUAUUUAAAGUAGAUUAAAAUAGUGAGAAAUUUGAUUGUCUUGUCUCUUCUAUCUCUAAUUUGCUUUAGAAACAUAAUGGAAUUUUUGAUAUAAAAAAAAUAAAAUAUUUCAAAUGA